CACCCAUAAAAGUCUACUUGGACUCCCCCCCUUCUCCUCCUUCCAUUCUACUCAGUCCACAUUUCUCAUCUCAUAUUUCUCUCUCAGAUCUCUCUCUCUCUCUCCAGUGUCGGUGGAUCAAAUUUGUCGGUGUCGGCAGACUCACCACUGAACCUCAGCCAUGUACGGCAGGGAUCCAUGGGGCGGCCCGCUGGAGAUCAACACGGCGGACUCGGCCACCGACGACGACCGCAGCCGGAACCUGCAGGACCUCGACCGGGCGGCGCUGUCGUCUCGGCCUCUCGACGAGACGCAGCAGAGCUGGCUGCUGGGCCCCUCCGGGGAGCAGAAGAAGAAGAAGUACGUGGAUCUGGGGUGCGUCAUCGUCAGCCGCAAGAUCUUUAUCUGGACGGUAGGGACGCUCCUCGUCUCCGGCUUGCUCGCCGGACUGAUCGUCCUCAUCGUCAAGACCGUGCCGCGUCACCACCACGCCAAGGCUCCUCCGGACAACUACACUCUCGCUCUCCACAAGGCUCUCAUGUUCUUCAACGCUCAGAAAUCUGGUAAGCUUCCGAAGCACAAUAAUGUUUCGUGGAGGGGAAACUCGUGCGUCAAGGAUGGUGACCCCGGCACCAUGUUCAAAGAUCUGGCGGGUGGUUACUAUGAUGCUGGAGAUGCCAUCAAGUUCAACUUCCCUCAGUCAUUCGCCAUGACUCUGCUGAGCUGGAGCGUGAUCGAGUACAGUGCCAAGUACGAAGCCGCCGGGGAACUAGCUCAUGCAAAGGAGCUCAUCAAAUGGGGCGCUGAUUACUUCCUCAAGACCUUCAACCAUACCGCUGAUACAAUCGACAUGAUGGUUUCGCAGGUUGGGUCGGGAGAUACUGCUAAAGGAAGUACUACUCCUAAUGAUCACUAUUGCUGGACUCGACCUGAAGACAUUGAUUAUAAACGCCCUGUGACUACUACCGGUAGUUGCGGUGAUCUUGCAUCUGAGAUGGCUGCAGCUUUGGCUGCUGCAUCCAUAGUGUUUAAGGACAACAAGGCCUACUCGCAGAAACUUGUGCACGGCGCCAAAACGCUCUUCACGUUCGGAAGGGAACGAGGAAGAGGCCUCUACAGUGCUCCUGGUUCAGAGGCUUCCGUCUUUUACAAUUCUACGGGGUACUGGGAUGAAUACGUGUGGGGUGCAGCUUGGAUGUAUUAUGCCACCGGGAAUAACUCUUAUCUCACUCUAGCAACACAUCCUACUCUUGCCAAGCAUGCUGGUGCCUUCUGGGGCGGCCCUGAUUAUGGAGUAUUCAGUUGGGACAACAAACUUGCUGGUGCACAGGUGCUUCUGACCCGUUUGAGGUUAUUCUUGAGCCCUGGUUACCCAUAUGAAGAAAUCUUGAGGACAUUUCAGAAUCAGACUAGCAUAGUCAUGUGCUCGUACCUGCCAAUAUUCACAACCUUUAAUAGAACCAAAGGUGGCUUGAUCCAGUUGAAUCAUGGAAGGCCUCAACCGCUUCAAUAUGUGGUGAAUGCAGCCUUCUUAGCAACCUUGUUCAGUGAUUAUCUUGAUGCUGCUGAUACUCCUGGAUGGUAUUGUGGACCCAACUUCUAUUCCACUGAUGUCUUGCGUGAUUUUGCUAAGUUUCAGGUUGAUUACAUUCUUGGCAAGAAUCCCCGGAAAAUGAGCUAUGUUACAGGUUUUGGCAAUCAUUACCCGAAACAAGUGCACCAUAGAGCUGCAUCGAUUCCCAAGAAUAAGAUCAAAUACAAUUGCAAAGGGGGUUGGAAAUGGAGGGACUCAAAAAAGCCAAACCCAAAUAUUAUUGAAGGUGCCAUGGUGGCUGGCCCUGACAAAAAAGAUGGUUUCCAUGAUGUUCGUUCUAAUUACAAUUACACAGAGCCAACUCUUGCUGGAAAUGCAGGUUUGGUAUUUGCACUUGUUGGUUUGUCUGGAGACAAAUCUGUUGGUAUUGAUAAAAAUACCAUUUUCUCCGCGGUUCCCCCAAUGUUUCCAACUCCACCACCUCCUCCGGCACCCUGGAAACCUUGAUAUGCCCAAGCAGUCUCCGAUGUUCUUUUGUGUUGUGUGACAUGUAGAUGAUUUUGCUGCAGUGUUAGACUUUGGAGCUUAAAUCUCAUCAUAAACAGUAACUGGGUAACAUGAAGAUCUCAAUAGAUGGUGGUAAGCAAUGGACAGAUUUUGAAGAGAUUACUGGGCUGGGGCCGAAUCAGGGUGACUCAAGCUAGCACUACGAAUUGAUAAAUGUCCCUUUGAUUGGAUUUUGUGAUAUAUACAGUAUAUAUGUAUGGAACGAACGAAUCAUGUAUUCUUUGGAACAUGGAAAGUGAACAGUUUGAUAUUUGUUGACAAUAAAUUUAAACAUCUUUGACACGCA